AAUUCAUAACAAAAAAUUAUAAUAAAGAUUUAAAUAUAAAACUAUUUGAAUAAAAAAAACAUGACUGAAGGACAAUCUAACUUCCUUACAGAGAUAAAUUAGGAUAAAGAUUAAUGUGCUUCUAAAAAUCUUCGCCAUCGCCAAGAAAUAAACGCUAAUCGCUUUGAAUAAGUGGCUUUCUUUGAGGAGGAGCCAUCGGAAAAAAAAUCCAAGCACACCUAAAAGUAAAAGAAGAGCAUACUUUCUGAUUCAGACUCAAGCUCAGACAAUGAUUCAUCUGAGAACGAAGGGGAUGAAAAUGAUGAUUCAAGCUCAGAAUCAUCUUGCUAGAGUGACAGCUAUAGUGAAGAAUAUAACAUUUGGGAUAAUAGUGAUUUUGACAUAUAUGGAAUUGAUCUUGACAAUCUUAAAUUUUGCAAUAACGAAGAAUAGAAGUUUUUUACUUUAUACAAAUUGAGAUAUUGCUAAAUAAGAGAGUUUUUAACUAAAACUUUAACAUAAAAAUAACAUUAAGAUAUUAAUGUAAAUAUUUUAAAAAUUGUGAAAGCUCUUUCUCAAAAUAAAGUUUUAAAAAUUUAAUGUCAUAACUACAAUUAUUUUCAACCUCUUUAACAGAACAAAGCUUACUAAAAAUUUGCUUAACAUUUUGGUAAUUAUAAAAACACAAGAAAAAUUUAAUAAGCUUAAUAAAAGUCCUAAUAUAUAUAGAAACUCAAAGAUAAAAGUUCAUUUUAGAAAAGCUUUAUAAUCAAAUAAUUUGAAGGGAUCAAAGCCCCAGCGAAUAGGGCUUCUUUCUCAUCCAGCUAAAAGGAAAUAUCUCCCUAGCCUUAUUUUUUAACAUUGAGAGAGUCUCAUAAUGGAAAACCAAAUUAAAUGACAUUAAUAACUAAAAACAGAUGCGAUUCCUCCUAACAGACUUAAGAUACUUUUAACUCUUAAACCAAACGCACUCUUAAGGAUUUUGAAAUAGAUUCCGAUUAAAAAGAAACAAAAUAAAAAUAAUCUUAAUAGUAAGCUGUAAGCAAGCAAACUAAUAACAACUUUCAAAUCACAUCUCUAACAGACAUAGGAGACCUUAAUGAAUAACAUAAGUAAAUUGACACACUGUCUCACGCUCUUAAUUAAACUCCUCAAAAAAAAUUUUUAAUAUCUCAUAUUUAAACAAAUAACUAAAUCAGUAAAACUGCAAUUCAUUUAAGUUGUACUUCAACGCCUUUACUUCCCUAGUAAAAAAAUUUAUUAAAAUCAAUAAACCAAUCUCCAAAUACAUAUUCAGAUUCAAUUAGCAAUAAGAUAGACAAUACUUUCCAAAAUCAUAAUAGUUAAAAGUAGCCACAAUUAAAUAAUUUUGUAAAUUGCGAUAGCCAAUAAAUAGAAUAGAACUAGUAAAUUAAAACUCUAAACAUAUCAACUUCUCCCUUUAUUUGUUAAAAUUUGAUAGACUUCUCUCCUAAAAAUAAGACAAAACAAAGAAUCCUCCCGCAUAUUUAAAUGAAUAUUCCUCCUAGGGAGUCAUAACAUAAUAAUAGUAAUAAUAGCAAUUGCUAUUACUAAUUGAAUAACUCUUAAAUGAUAAAACUCUAUAAUACAAAGGCUAAUAGUAGUUUGUCAUGUUCACGUAAAUAAACAAAUUUAAAUUUUAAGAUUCCUUUAACAUCUUAUAAGUAAUUUGAUAAAGUUCCUGAUUUAAAAUAGAUAAAAUAAGUUAAUUAAAAUAAUUCAAAUAUCAAUAAAAUAACUUAAAUAAGAUCUACUUCAAAUUAUACUAAUUCAGAUCAGACACCUUAUAAUUUCAAUGAAUCCACCUUACCAAGUACACCUCUAUCAAUUUUAAAUAGAUUACCUGAAUAAUCAAUUGAGUCUACUUUUUCAAAACACCUAGAAAAGUAGUCCUUUAAAAAAGUAGAGAAUUAGUAGGAUGCUCUUCUUUAAUCUCCUAAACAAGAUUCUUCAUAGUUAUCAAAAAUGAAAAUGUCUUCUAUUUAUAAUUCUUCAUCUGCUAAUAUAAAUAAUAAAUUAGUAAGAUAGAAAUAGGUGCUUGUAUAGAAUUAAUCAUAUGGCACUCUUUUGCACAUGCAAAGAGAAGGUGAGCAAAGGUAAACAACUAUCUAAUCUGUAAAUUAAGAGUACAUGAUCUGCAACGCAGAUGAAAACCAAAAUAAAAAUAUUACAAAUACUAACUAAAGCGAAAUGAACAAGAUCAUUGGCGGAGCAUCAAAAAAUAAUAAUAAUCAAAUCUACUACCAUUAAAUUUAGAAAAAUAUUUUCAAAAAAACUUUCUUUAAAAAUCAAUACAUAAACAACUCUUCUACUAUAAACAAAUAAUUGGUUGAAAAUUUUAAAUAAAUUAUCCAAAAUUGA